AAGGCUGGCGAACAGGAAACCAAGCUGAGAGGGUUUUGAGAGUUGAGACUGGUGCUUCGCGAUUUUCUUGGGAGUUGGACAGAGCUGGCAGUAAUUUUGCGCCUUAUCAGUUAUCACUGCCCUGCCCGCAAGCAAAAUCCUUGACGACCCAAAACCUCUCAGCUCACUCGUCGGCGGAGCCCGCGUCUCGUCCGUGCAAUGGCCGCCGCGGCGCUCGCGCUAUCCACCUUCCUCCGGCCGCGGCCGGUCUCGCCCUUCCUGCCCUCCCCCGACUCGGCUCCCCACGUCCGCGGCCCGCGGCGCCCCACUCCGUCUCGCUUGAGCCCUCUCCGCCUCCCGAGGCCCCUGCUCUCCAUAUCAGCUGUGGAAAAGACCAAGGCUGCCGCCGGCGCUUCCGAGGAGGGUGAGCUGGAGGGGAUGCCGCCGGAGUUCUACGACGAGGAGUGGCAAGCCGGUCAGCGGGAGAGGACUAAGGAAUGGCACACAUAUCGGCAGAAAGAGGAAGCUGAGGAGGAAAAAAGAACAAAUGAAUACCGAGAGAUAGGCAUGCGGCUGAAAGCUUACCCACAGGAAGAAGUUUGCAAAGCUAGGAUUUUAGUUUCAAUUUUCAUAAGAGCUGGUGAAGAUGUUGAAGAGGAAAUUGAGAAGGCUGCUGAGAGAGGAGAGCUUACUGAACUUGUUCUUAUGGUCAUUUGGAAUCGACUUGAUGUUGCUCGUCGUGAUGAUGAGAGGGAUGUCAUCAGAAGCCUUGAUCUCUUGUACAGAAGGGUAGAGACAGAGAUUUUAAAGAGUGAAGCAACUCCUUCCAUGAAAUUACUCGAUGAACUUCUUAAUCUUCAUGAUGGAGUUGAUGAUGACAAAUGGUUAAAGAAAUGUAGAAAGCGCAUGCUACAAGUUUUUCCAAGAGAGGACCCAUUCACCAUAGUCUUUCCUGCUGGGUUCAACCUGGAGAAACAUGAAGGGCGGAUUGAGCUGCCGCCUCAGGAUGAUGAUGUUCUUCUGAGAGUUGACUUUGUGAGGGAAGUCGAUGAGCUGCUGAAAGAGGUUAAAGUUGAACAAGAAAAGAAUAAGCUACAAACUGGAUAUGACCCAGAAUCUGUUGUGACCAUGUUAAAGCAGCAAGAGAAGCUGCAGGCUAUACGUCAAGUGGAAUCUCUCCUGGAGCUGGCGUCCUCCCUGAAAUGGUGAGCACCGAAGAGUAUGAUUGAAUGAUUAUGCUCUCCGCAUAGAAGCUAGAAACCAUUGACUUCACAUGAUACUCAACAAUUAGAGCGCCGCCGUCAAGGUGAAUCUUGGUUGUCUGCUAGUUAGACACCAUUAACCGUUCUAGGUAGAGUCAUGCCAUCUGUUUCGGCACCAAUGUACAUUUGUAUGUCUAGUGAUAUAUAUCGAUGUAUGUUUGCACUAUUAAUAGAAGACUAUCUGCAUCC